AAUAAAUAUGUUAUAUAAUUAAUGAGAUCAUAUAGUAAAUGGCAGCCACCAUGAUCACUUAUGCUUCGAUUCUUCUUAUGUUAGUCAUCUUAAAGGAAAGACAAUUACACCACAACUCACUCAUUCAACGGCAGACAUGGAAUGACCGGUACGACUACAUAGUGGUCGGCGCCGGCAGUUCCGGAUGUGUUGUCGCCUCACGACUGGCCGAAGAUACCAACAAAACUGUACUUUUGAUAGAAGCCGGAGGGGCUCAGGACUUGGCCAGCGAUGUUCCUGCGCUACAAAAGACAAUGGUUGGCUCAUUAAUGGACUGGAAAUACCCGACAGUUUUUCAACCGAACGCAUAUAAGGCCAUAAUAGGCCAGAAGGAAAUACUAAUCAGGGGUAAAGUAUUUGGAGGGUCGUCAUCGAUAAACUCGUUAAAUUACUACCGAGAACCUCACAGCUACUUCAAAACAUGGGAAAACCUGACCAAAGUCAAAACUUGGACCCACAACCAUGUGUUUCCGUAUUUCUCCAAAUCGGAAAACAAUCUGGAUUUCCGUUUAGUGGCCGACUAUCCGGAGCUGUACAACAUGGGUGGCCCCCAGUCUAUCAACACCAUAGCGCCCGACGCUAUACUGGGCCGUUACUUUAAGAAUAUGCAAAUGAUGGGCUACCCGAUCAAUGACCCUGAUGGCUUCAAACCGUUUGGCACGACCAUGCUGCGCCGCACGGUGAUGAACGGUGUCCGCCAGUCAUCGUCCCUAUCAUAUUUGGAAAAACUCCCGAAGGUCAAUCUGCACACUUUGGGCGACGCUGAGAUCACUCGAGUGCUCAUUAAUCACCGCAAGCGGGCCAUUGGUGUUGAGUUCUUUCGCAACGGAAACUAUCAUAAAGUGUACGCAAACGAAGAGGUUAUUGUCAGCGCCGGUGCUAUCGGCAGCCCUAAAAUCUUGAUGCUGUCAGGCAUCGGACCCAAAGACCAUCUCCAGGAGCACAACAUUACGGUUCUGUCGGAUUUAAAAGUAGGUUACAACUCGGUGUCAACCAUUGGUGUGAUGAUUAAGUUUGAUAUCAAAGACCAGUCACUGAUUCAGAAACCUGUAGAAAAUCUUGAAAACUUUUACAACUAUAUCAUACAUAAUAAAGGGCCCCUGGCCUAUAAGGGCUCGGCACUCGCCUGUUACCCAGAGCAUCCGCUACCCGGUUAUACCGAUGUGACCCAAGGGUGCGCUCUACCCCGUACGGACGUGUUGGGAGGGGAUCUGGAUAAGUUGGUUAUUCAAUACAAGGACAAAGACGCGUGGCGUGAAUACUAUCGGCCAUAUUUGAACCGAUCUUACAUAAUAUGCUCUUCGGUGCUCCGGCGGCCUAAGGCAACUGGACGCAUAAAACUAGCUAGCUCAAAUCCAUUUGACACACCAUUAAUUGAUCCUUGUAUAUUUUGCGACCCCCAGGAUCUUAAAAACUUUGUCAACGUGUUUAAAACAACCAUAAACACUUAUACCACUCCCUAUAUGAAACAGUUUAUCGAGCCGUACGCCAAACCAAUACCUGGCUGUACGCCCUGUAAUGAAGCUUAUUUUUGUGACUCGUAUGUGACGUGUAUUACAGAGCAAUUGGCGCAUACGGCCACCCCUAUGGGCGGCAAUCGUAUAGGCGUUGCCGGAGACCCGAACGCUGUGGUCGAUGAAAAACUUCGGGUGUUUGGUGUGUCCCGACUCCGGAUAGUCGACACCAGUAUAAUACCGGUGCCGACAGAACAGGGCAACGCCUUAGGCAUUAUGAUUGCCGAAUACGCUUCUGCGAUGAUUAAGGAGGAUUAUAAAGAUAUGAAAUCCAAUUUUAAUUAA